AUGGCAUCAUCCCAGUCAUCUUCUGCAUCGAUAGGGGCUCGGGAGCAAGAAUCCGUUGAGCCCAAAGCCAUGCCUCACCUUGACACACUGAUUUCUCAUCUUCUAGCGGCCAAGCGGUCUCUCUCUUCAAUCAGCCACGUCUGGCGUGCCAAUGAGAUUGUGACUGCGGCUCGGUCUGCCCUAGAAGACAGUGUGGUUGUGUCCUCUCGGACUGGCUUUCUCCGGCGGGGCCUGGACAAUCAAUUGCGAUUACUAUACAAUGUCCGAUUGGAGGUAGAGGAAAUCUCACACCGAGGCCGGGAGGAGUUUUCGGGGGCUCUUACAAGCCUGGAUGCUGCAGAUGCUCGGCUUCGGAGUACACUGGAUCUCCUUCGAGAGACGAUUGUCCAUGCAUCGUUUCGUCCCGAAGAUGAACAAACCAAAUGUCUCCAUGAUUUCGUGGACGAGCGAGGCGUUGAAGAAUUGCACUCUACUCUCAAGAGCUCCAUUGACCGCGCUAACACUGCGCGAGCUGAUUUGGAUACCUCAAACCGUGAAUUCGAUGAUGAGCUCCAUGCAAUCCGAAAAGCGCUUCGUCAUUAUCGAUCUACAACUAAGAUGGCUUCUUCGCGUGCAUCAGCCUCGUCUUCCUCUUCCGCAUCGGAGCCGGAUCUGUUCGCACUAUCCUCUAUGCCGAGCAUGCUCCGGUCUUUGGAAAUGCACGCACAGGAAAUGGCAGAUCUUCUCUCCUCCCUUGUAAGUCAUUUCGAUCUUUGCGUCACCGCUGUCAAGCAAACCGAGGGAGGCGGCGCCGCAGCACUCUCCAUCACUGGUGAUAUGCCUGCGGAAGUCGGAACAAGUGGUGAAGGUUUACCAAAUAUCGGAGAAGAAAUCAACGCCAAUAUCAAUGCUCCAUUGGAUCCAAUGACGGAUCAGGAGUAUGAAGAAAUGGUACAGGUAUUGCUGAAUGAUGCGCCAGAGGCUGAUAAUGUCGUCAUGGAAAUACAUGACCGCAUCACCGAGAUGGAGGCCAUUUUUGAACAAAUUGGCGUACAGCGCGAUUCACUUCUCAGCAUCUCGGAUGCUACCCUCAAGGUCCAUCGUCACCUUUCUAAUCUCACAUCCACUCGCUUGCCACGUUACAUCUCCCAGGCACACAAUUUCACUCAAGUAUGGAAUGAAGAGAACGAUCGCUUCAAUUCUGGCUUGACGGAGCUUUCAGCCUUACACUCCUUGUAUGAUGGCUUCCUGAAUGCAUACGACAACCUAAUUCUGGAAGUGGCUCGUCGAAGUCAUAUUCGUCACCGAGUGGAAAAGGUUUUGCGUGACACAAGGCACAAGCUAGAUCAUUUGUACGAAGAGGAUGUAGCCGCCCGGCAGACAUUUCGCGUGGACCAGGGUGAUUUUCUACCCUCGGAUAUCUGGCCAGGGGUCGGGCGAGCGCCGAUGCAUGUUGAAUUUUUACGUCUGUCGGGCGGUCAACUUGAAGGGGCUUCGCCUGAAACACAGGAACAAGGACCAUCAACAGAAACUGGGACACCCCCUGGCGCAAAAAUCGAGGUUGCCGGUAGCGAGGAAGACGAAAGCGCGCCGGACCUUCCAAAGGAGGUAAUUGAGCACGCAUAUGCUCGUCUGAAGGCUCGAACCAGGGAAUUUGUUUAA